GGAAGGGCGUGGAUGUGGCGGAUGUGUUGGCCUUUAUGGCCACCCUGAGCCCUGAAGAGCGCCUCGCUGCGGUGCGUGAGGGCAACAGCAACGGCAAGACGCCUCUGCACUACGCUGCGCAGCUGCGGCCCAAAGGGGCCGAGCUGUGCCGGGCGCUGCUUGAGGCGUCCGCUGAGGUGGACGCCACGACGCGGCGGGGCCACACACCGCUACUCUUCGCCGCGGGUCGGGGCCACGGCGAGGUGGUCCGCUUCUUGCUGAGUGCUGGCGCCAACUGCCGCAUCGUCGCUGCUUCGGGGGAGGCGCCCUGGAACGCCUGCUCCCCGCAUUUGGACGAGGGCUUUGUUGGCCGCCGCGGAGCAGAUGGAGGCGCGCGAGCCGGUGGACUUUCGCACCAUGGAGGACGCCCGGGCUGCCCAGCUGGAAUACGAGCAGGCGAGCUUGGCCUGCCGAGCCAGGCGGGUGGAAGAGGAGGAGCCGGACGGCGAGGUGGCUUUGGCCCGCAGCAUUGUCAGCGCGCUCGACGACGAAGGCUCUGAAGAGGCUCUGAGCAGCGCGCUGGUGGCGGCAGCCGUGGAGGAUAAGUUCGCGCUGCGCACGGCGGUGAGGAUGAUCUUCUCGCAGAAGCCGCGGGACAAAAGAGCCCUACCGCGGGUCCUGGCGGCGUGUCGGGAGCAGAAUCUGCUGCGGGAGCUGCAAAAACGGAGCCGCCGCGCCAGGAGCAGUGGCAUGAGCCGCAUCUUGACCUCGCUCUUCAUCGAGCUGCGGAACACGAACGUCGCAGAUGAGGUGCCGGUGGCGGAGCUGGUAGCGGCGGCAAUGCCGGAUCUGGUGCUCACCAUGGAGGUGCUCUACACGCGCACUUGCUGCGAAGCCUGCCAGUCACACUUCCGGGAGCUGUGGCCGGCCUCGCUGCCGAAAAGCAAGUACUUCGGAGAGCUGGCCUGGGCCAUUGUGGGGCACCAGCAGAACCAAGGCCGCCAGCGGGCCUUCGCCCUGUGCCGGGACUGGGUGCUGCUGCUCCGCUGGGCUGCGCGCUUGGGCGGCCAGGAGGAGCGAAGGACACGCGGCGGACGCUGGACGUGCGAGCACUCUCACAGAAAUCCUGGAGGAUCUGGCGCUGCCCCGGCAGUCCAAGGAGCAGCUGCGCGGCUUCCUGGCGCCGCUUGGCCCCGCGCCGAAGGGACUUCCUCGCAACCACGCGGAGCACGCGGAUGCGCCGAGCAGGCACCCGCCCUUCCGCAUCGAGGAGUUUUGCUUCGUGGACCGUGCAGAGGGCCUGGCCGAGCUGAGGAGGCGCGACUCAGCCCCAGCAUGAUGCUGGCCCUGGACACGGAGUGGGGGGAUUGCUCGCAGCAGUCUCCGCCUUCAGUGAUCCAAGUGGCGAUCCCCGGAGCCGCCUGGGUCCUGGAUGUUCUGAAGCUUGCGGAAGCGGACUUGAGAGAGUUGCUGCACUGGGUGCUUGAUCAGGAGGUCCAAUUGCUCGGCUUCCACUUCGCCUCCGAUUUGCCUCGCCUCCAACUUCUGGUGCCACACACUCGCUGGGCCCAGGUGCGGGAUCUGCAGCGCGAGGCCAUGCAGCUGGCCAAAAAGAAGGGGCACACGCCAGGCCUCGGCAAACUCUGCGAGCUGUACCUGGAAAAGCACUUGGACAAGUCACUGCAGUGCUCCGACUGGGACCAGCGGCCGUUGUCCGCCGAGCAGAUCCGCUACGCGGCCGCCGACGCCGCCGUUCUCCUGGAUUUGGCGGAAGCCAUGGAUGCGGCCAAAGUGAAAAGCGGAGAAGGGAACAAAAACAUGGCACGAGCGCAGGUUGUGCUGGCUGACACCACCUUGGAGCGGCUUGGUGGCUUGGGCCCAAAGACCAGCGCCGUGCUGCUGCCAGCGCCCGAGGAGUGCUUCGACCUGGUCCUGGCCAUGGAGCCUCUGGGCUACCUCGAUCUCUCCGAGUAUGCAGAGCAGCUGCGGCCCUUCAUCCGCAGAAGGGAGAAGGAGGAGGAUAGGCGAAAUCAGGUUCAGCUGAUCUGCGUGGAGUUCCGGGAGCGACUGGAGGAUGCGCGGGACGAGCUCUACAGCGCGGGCUACUACCUGGCGGACCACGAGGCUUUGCCGAGGAUGCGGCAGGCGGUGCGGAAGGCCGGCCACGACGUCGGGCUUUUGGGUUUGCCUUCAAGGGAGAAGGAGCAGAAGAAGGCCGCGGAGACGCAGCAGGCCGCUGGGCCGCGGAGUUGGUGCAUCGGCCUGGGCUUGGGCCCAGAGUGGCCGCCGAGUGAGGACUCAGUUUGUAAGGAUGAUAACCUGCCCGAGACCUACCCCUUGGGAUGCUGGAUCUUGCUGAGCAACCUCGCCUCCCUCGUCACAAUCUUUGCAUGGCCCUACCUACCGCAGCUCAAAUCAAUGAUGUGCUUUCUGGAUGCCGUCAGCAUCAAUCAGGCGGAUGGUCAGUUGAUGGAACAAGGAGUUGCGUAUACUGUGGACACCUUUGUACCUUUCAAGACUUUGGUGUUUGAGAUCGCCAUGUACCGCAAGGCCAAUCCCACCGGCAAAAUUACUCUGGCCCCUGUCCAUUUGGAGGUUACGGCCUUGUGCUUGUGGCUGACCAUGGUCAUUCUGUCGCUUGUGCAGUGGUCGGCUUGGGUGCGGGGCGUGACUGCACAAACGAAGAUCGCUUCAUUGGUGCUGGCAACUGUGCCAGUUGGCUGUGCCAUUCAGAAACUGCGAAGAAGUGUGCACACCCAGCGCCAGCUUUUGCAGGCCUUGGCGAACUUUGAUUUGGACGCCGCCGGCUGCCGACGGGACUUCGACAAGAAGUUUGUGCACGACAGCAUCGAGCAAUGCUACGGCAGCACGGGGGCCUUCACAGAAUAUGUGCGGGGGCCUUUGCGAGAGGAGCUGUUGGCCUCAUCCUUCGGAAUGCCCUUGCGGUAUUAUCUGGUCAUCGUCUCGCCUGGAUUCUGCGUGAGUUUGGAGGAGACUGUGUCCCUUAUGAAGGGCCAGGCGCCCUGGCAGAGCGUGCUGUCCUUCAUGUUUGCGCGCACCAUUGGCGCGCAAGUGUCGCUGGCGCUGGGCUGUCAACUUUGCAUUUACAUGUGCACCCGUUUUUCGAGCCCACAUGCCAAAGUCUGGGUGGAAACAUUGCGCUCCGCGGCUAUAGUCGUCGUGUGCACGCUUGUGGCCAUUUGCGGAGUGGACCUUUCUCUCCGGGUUCGGCAAUUCGGCCUUGGGGCUUCUGCAAUUUGGGCGCUGUUGGCACUUGGGGCCACCUUCUUGUCCUUCAGAAAGCGAGCUUAG